AAUCGAUAGUCGGCAUUGCAACGCUGUACGCUUCUUCUUCUUGCGCCCGCUCGGCAGAAAUUGUACACGUUUUUCUUUUCGAAAAGUGCAUUUUCCCCCUUUUUCGGCCUAAGACAACGCAUUCGAAGAUGGCCCUCACGUCGCGCUUCUACAACGAGCGGUAUCCGGAGAUCGAGGAUGUCGUCAUGGUGAACGUGCUGUCCAUCGCCGAGAUGGGCGCCUACGUCCAUCUGCUGGAGUACAACAACAUCGAGGGCAUGAUCCUGCUGUCGGAGCUCUCCCGCCGGCGCAUCCGCUCCAUCAACAAGCUGAUCCGCGUGGGCAAGACCGAGCCGGUGGUGGUCAUCCGUGUGGACAAGGAGAAGGGCUACAUUGAUCUCUCCAAGCGCCGCGUCUCGCCCGAGGAUGUGGAGAAGUGCACGGAGCGCUUCGCGAAGGCCAAGGCCAUCAACUCACUGCUGCGCCAUGUCGCCGACAUCCUCGGCUACGAGGGCAACGAGAAGCUGGAGGAGCUGUACCAGAAGACCGCCUGGUACUUCGAGAAGAAGUACAACAGCAAGACGGUCGCCUACGACAUCUUCAAGCAGUCGGUCACCGACCCGUCCGUCUUUGAUGAGUGCAACCUGGACGCGGAGACCAAGGAGGUGCUGCUGAGCAACAUCAAGCGCAAGCUGGUCUCGCCCACCGUCAAGAUCCGGGCCGACAUCGAGUGCUCCUGCUACGGCUACGAAGGCAUCGACGCCGUCAAGGCAUCGCUCACCAAGGGCCUGGAGUUGAGCACCGAGGAGCUGCCCAUCCGCAUCAACCUGAUAGCGCCGCCUUUGUAUGUGAUGACCACGUCCACCACAAAGAAGACAGACGGCCUGAAAGCCCUGGAGGUGGCCAUCGAGAACAUUCGCGCCAAGAUCAUCGAGUACGAGGGCGAGUUCAAGGUGAUCAUGGCGCCCAAGCUGGUCACCGCCAUCGACGAGGCGGAUCUGGCCCGACGCCUGGAGCGGGCCGAGGCCGAGAACGCCCAGGUGGCGGGCGACGACGACGAGGAGGACGGCGCCGACCAGGAGGGCAUGCAAUUCGACCCCGAGAAGGAGUUCAACCACAAGGGCGGCGCAGCAGCGGGUCGCACGAACGAGGAGGAUGAGGAGGAGGACGAGGAUUAGCGUAGCCACGGCGGCAGACACAACCCAUAGCAACUGUAACAAAUGAUUAAACGGCUUUUGCAAAAGCAAAAUUAAAUCCAGACCGCGUCGUGUGUGGAACCUUUGGAGCCUUCAGCAGCAGAUCAGAAGUUGUAAUUUUAUAAUUUAUAUACUAUACAUAACAUAACGAAUGCUAUUAAAGAUUUACAAAGAGAAAACAGCGAAGUGCCCGAGAAGAUAAAUGAAAA